UUUAAUUCAUAUAACAAAAGUUCCAAUUAUGCUUAUUGGAGUUGCAGGUUAUUUUUGUUCUGACCAAGAUUCUAUAAUCAAUUUUCUUAAAUCUAAAUACGACUUUAAAAAUGGAGACGACAAAGUGAAAGAAUGGAUCGAAGCAAAGCGUAAAGCUGGAAAGAAAACUGAAGAAGAUUGGGUUGAACUCUUAAAAAUGGUCAAAAAUAAUUUUAAAGAGAAUUAUUAUGUGACCAAUUUAGAUUUAGAAAGAUUAAAAGAAUAUAGAAAAAGCCCUCUUUUUUUAUUAUUGGCCGUGGAUAAUAAAUUGAGUGAUAAAUACAAAAUCUGGGAAAAAGAUUACCCGUUAAUUAACUUUAAAACAUUUAUGGAACAAAAUGAUAAGUGGUGGGAAGAAGAUAAAAACCAUAAAAUAAUGUCUAUCGCUGAUUUCACUGUGAAAUCAGAAGAUGACCUUCGUAAAAUAAUGACCGAGAAUGUUGAAACAUCAGAUGAUGAAAAAAAGGUAUUGUCACCAUUGCGAUCAAAGAAAGAUGUUUAUUUUAUGUAUUUAGCAGAAUUGGUAGCAUCAAGAACAAAUUGUAUGAGCCGUAAAGUUGGAUGUGUAUUAGUUAAAGACGGGUAUAGAGUAAUCGCAACUGGAUAUAAUGGAACACCCACGGGUCUUAAACAUUGUAUUGGAGGUUAUUGUAAAAGUUGUAAUGGUGAAGAUAAGGAAUUUUGUAAAUGUAUACACGCGGAAGAAAAUGCGCUAAUGAUAGCCGGAAUCCCUUACAAAAAAGGUCUGAAAGAGGUUGAGGAAUUAUUUAACGAAGCUAAAGAAAUUGAAAAAGAACGUCUCAGUGAUAAUAAGCUACCGCCAAAAAAAUUCAUGUUAUAUCCUUUAUAA